AUGACGGGAGCUGCGGACUUUCAGGGGCGGAUGCUUGUGAGGAACACGUGGGGAGGGGCCAGCCGGGUGGCCAACAAGCGAAUUCGUUUAUUUUUCUUGUUGGGCACCGUGGGGUCUCAAGAGGUGCAGAAGGCAGUGGAGGAGGAGGCAAAGGCGUACGGGGACAUUCUGCAGCAUGCAGCCCCUGACAAAUACACAAGUCUUGCAACUAAGGCAGCAACAAUGAUCGAAUGGAUGGCGAAAUCUUGCCCUGAGGCUAAGUUUUUAGUCAAGGCGGACACGGAUACCCUAGUGAAUUUGGAUGUGAUGAUUCCCUACUUAAUAAAAAUGGAGAGCAAGGGGGAUAUCGCUUUAGGUGCUCGUCUAGACAACAUGCCUAUCAUUACUCAUGAGAAGUCGCGCAACUACCAGGACCCUCUAGUGUUUCCUCGAAAAACAUUUCCUCCCUAUCUUUCAGGUGCCUGUUAUAUCGUCUCGGGAAGUCUGAUCCAGAAAGUGGCACGUGUCUUGCAGGAAGUGCCACGGGUUAGGAAUGAAGAUACCUUCCUGGGAAUGUGUUUAGAACGCUUGGGAAUAGAACCCACAGCCAUUGGGCCAGAAGCGCAAAUUAACCCUUGGUUUGACCCGGCGAAGGGACCAUGUGCUGCGUUUCGGCUAGCUGCGGCUCAUUCAUUCAAGCGAGACCUAUUAAUCGCCAUUUGGGAAUGGUGGGAAAAAGGGGGAGCCAAGAUGUGUCACUAA